AUGAGCCUCGCAGCAUGGGCGCUCCCACAACUUUCGAAGUUGCUUCCGUUGGAUAACGACUCUCUGAAGCAAAUCGUCGAAUACACCGAGUCUUUGCCAAACAGGGAAGCGGCGGACCAUCUGCAGAAUAUGCUAGGUGAUAGUCCUCAAGCCUUGGAGUUCAUCACAUCGUUCAACAAUAGGAGGAAGUCGAAAGGUCCCGCUGUAUCAGCUCAGACUGCGCCGUCAGAUGAUGUCUUAGAAGGACCGAAGUCAAAGCCCCGCAGGAAGAAGCAGACGGGGAUAGGCAAGCCAUUACCAGCACGACAGGUGCAAGACGCUGGUAAUUUCGCUGGCGCAUACAUGAAGAAGAAUGAGGGCGACUACAUGGCCGGCAGCUCGAAGCACAAAGCGCCGAAGUCGAACACGUUUGGACUAUCACAGAAGCCAGAUGCUCUACAACUACCCACCGCCACGUCUUCAGGGACGGCCAAGCCAACAUCACGCGGCGUCUCGCCAGCUCCGCAGCCAAAGAAGCUCCCGCCAUCAGCCGCGGGCCAGCUCAUCUCCGAGACGAAGUCGUCAAGGAACUUGUCACCAAAGCCCAAAGCGAAGAUCAGUGUAGCAGGUGGCACCCCAAUGCACGGAGCGUCGACCGCACUCAACGACCUCGAAUCUGCUAUCCGAACCUUAGAGAUCCAGACAAACCCCAGUUUAUCCGCUCAAGACAGCACCAAACGCAAGUGCAACUGCAUGGCAUCCCGGCAUCCACUGCUCGACGCCGCGCCAAACUGCCUGAACUGCGGUAAGAUCAUCUGUGUGAAAGAGGGUCUCGGUCCAUGCACAUUCUGCAACACGCCGCUUCUCAGCGCUGAAGAGACCCAGUCAAUGAUUCGCAUAUUGCGCGAAGAGCGAGGAAAAGAGAAGAUGGCCGCAAACAAUGCGGGACAAAAGCGUGCUGAAGUCGCGCAUGCGCCUCGACCAUUCUCCACACCAAAGAUCACAGCGUCGACUUCUGACGCAGACUCUGAAAAUGAGAGGCUGGCAAAGGCAAAGCAGCACCGCGACAAGCUUUUGGCGUUCCAGGCGCAGAACGCGAAGAGAACACAAGUGCACGACGAAGCUGCAGAUUUCGAGACAACGAGCGCAGGUUUGAGCAUGUGGGCGUCUCCACAAGAGCGCGCGAUGCAGCUCAAGCGUCAGCAGAAGGCAUUGCGAGAGCAAGAGUGGAAUGCGCAGCCCGAAUAUGAAAAGCGCAAGGUUGUUGCUAGCAUUGAUCUGGUAGGGGGCAAGAUCGUAAAGCGUAUGGCUGCAGCAGAACGACCGAAGAUACCUGAGAGUGAAGAUGAAUCACCAGAGCCUGCGCAGCACUAUGAGUCGGGAGCCAUCUCCAAGGGCAGUGGCGCGUUCAGCAGAAACCCACUUCUUGGUGCACUUAUUCGCCCCACGAUCAAAGUGGAAGCGAAAGGCAAGGACAAGCAGAGCGAGAAGAAGCAGGCUUGGAGGAGGGUGCAAGACGACAACGACGAUAAUGAGCAGUGGAUCUUGGACGGCGGAGUGUACGGCGGCAGGAACGAUACUGGAGAACCGGAAGCAGGCCACUGA